AAACAAGUGAGCCAGUGAGAAUGCUCUGAGAAAUAUGUUAAGCUUUCUCCAGACUGUGAAUCUUUGGCUCCUGCUAUGAACUUGUCUACUGUUGCAUGGGGUUUGACUGAAAGUCCUGAUACUGACAGUGUGCAUUGACUGAGAGUCUGUAAGUCUGAGCGUUUAGUAUGCAAAAUGUUGCAGAUAAGCUUAAGGGUUGCGCUCCUGCUCCUGCUCUUGGUUGUCAGAUGCAUUGCAGAGGAAUCAACACCGUCUAAAGGUUGCGUUUGCGGGUAUCCUGGAAUACCGGGCGAUCCCGGUCACAACGGUUUACCAGGCAGAGAUGGCAGAGACGGACUCAGAGGGGACAAAGGAGAACAAGGUGAAAUUGGCCCUUCAGGACCAGCUGGUGUUGGAGGCCUAAAGGGAGACAAAGGCGACACUGGUACAAGUGGUGCUACUGGGUCUAAAGGAAAAAAAGGAGAUAAUGGUGAGAGGGGACCUCCUGGGAAAAUGGGCCCCCAAGGAAUACAGGGACCAUAUGGGCCAAAGGGAAGUAAAGGGGAUCUUGGCCUGCCAGGACCCCAAGGACCUAAAGGAGAUGUAGGGUCUCCAGGACCACAUGGUCCAAAGGGGGAAGUUGGUCUUCGAGGUGACAGAGGUAUUCAGGGGCCACUGGGACCCCCUGGCAAACCAGGCCCUAAGGGAGAAAUGGGUGUUCCGGGUCACAAGGGCAACAUUGGUUACCGUGGAGAAAGAGGUGCCCGGGGUGAAAAGGGUGAGGGGGGUGAAAAAGGUGAGUCUCCUGUCAUCCCCAAAAGUGCCUUUUCCGUGGGACUAACAGCCCGUAGUAAACUUCCACCAGCUAAUACGCCCAUCAGGUUUGACAAGAUCAUUUACAACCAGCAAAAUCACUACGACCCACAGUCUGGGAGAUUCACCUGCCCCGUGGCAGGCGCCUACUUCUUCACCUACCACAUCACCGUCUUCUCCAGAAAUGUGAAAGUGGCCCUAAUGAAAAAUGGGGCCAAAAUCAUCCACACCAUGGACAAUUACCAGGCCAGCGAGGACCAGGCAGCAGGGGGCGCUGUGCUGCACUUGGAUGUGGGGGACAGAGUGUGGCUGCAGGUGGUUGGAGGAGAGCUAUUUAAUGGGCUAUUUGCUGAUGAAGAUGAUGACACUACUUUCUCUGGGUUUAUAAUCUUUGGAGCUUAAUUAAAGCUAUUUGAUAGGAGUUGGAAAAUCUCCGAUAGUAUAAAACAGAUAUGUCUCAUUUUAAGGAAAUAAAUGUUGAAUCUUUAUAUAUAUGUGAAUAAAAACAGGCAAUUCAACAAUAUUCUUGGGGAACUCCUAUAAUAAUUCAGUCUAUAGUUAAUUUAUAGUUCAGAAAUAAAUCAAUUUAUACAAAAUCUGAUUAGAAUUAAAUUUAACCAUUUAAAUUGUCGUGUAAAGAUGCCACUUCAGAUGCAGAUUGCGUUUUCUGAUAUUUGCAUUGCGCGGUCUAUGAUUUUAAACCAGAAGGAACUACUUAUUCAAUAUAUUUUAUUGAAUAAGCAGUAGGAUUUCCUUUGUUGUACCUCAGAAUA